AUGGGUGAGAAGGACAGAGACAAGAAAGAACGCUCCAAGCGCGGUGAACGUACCAGAGAUCGCAGUAGGGAGCCGCGGGACCGAGAUAGAGACCGCGGUUCCCGCCCAGGCAUGGGCCGCGCCAUGUCGAUGCGAUCUGUUGGUUCAUCAGGAGAUAAUCUGCGCGGUGGAGACGGAGGACGUGAUCGCCGCAGUCGCGAUGACAGCGAUAAACCGCGUCGUUCCUCGUCUUCUCGGAACUUACGAGGCAACUCCAGCUUUCGAGGCUCGACAGAACGCUCUUCCAGCUUCAGAGGCGGCAAAAGCGGUGAUAAGAAGAACGAUAGCGAUCGCGGUUCAAGGACCACAGGUGCUCGUACCGGUACCUUGGAGCGUCAGACUUCCAACAAUGAAGAUUCCAUGGCCAUGUUGCUCGGGCUUGCUGGUAAGAAAGGACCCCGCAAACGAACAGGAUCCAGUUCGAGCUCGUCGAGCUCCAGCAGUUCCAGUGCUUCGUCUAGAGGCCCGCCCAUCACGGGCGAGAAGCCUAAAGCCAAAAACACCAAACUUAAUCCGAAACUGUUCGGCGAGGCCGCAGGUGACAGCGGCGGGGACAAACCCAAGCUCGAACGCAAACCCAGCGAAGGCUCCUCUAGAGGCCUCAAGAAGACAGGAUCGUCUCGCACGAACAAAGACGAUGGCUUGGCUCUGGAUCUAAGUGAUCGGAGCAAAACUAAGAAACCCAGAGAUGACAGCAGCCAGUACACCGAUGGAAGCAGCUAUGGAAGAAACUCUGGCAUGCCCAAGAAAUUUAUGGACGGUGAUGAAGACAUGUCGACACUGAGCAUGUCUAGAUUGGCAUUUCCCACUGUUGAUGCACCUAGCAAGAAGCACGCUCCAACAGAACCAAACGCUUUCAUCUCAAGGCCAGAUUUACGAAACGUGGACCAAUCGGUCAACCUCAGGGAUUUGGAAGCAGGAAAGAAGAAACCAGGCCUUGGCGAGGUUUACUUGGGAGAGUCCGGCAGUACCGCAUUCAGCAGUGGCGCCUUCAGUGCCGCAGGGAGCACCUCUUCUAGAAACUCCUUUUCGAGAAACAAGCGCAACCCGGUUGAGUAUAUUGUCUCAUUUCAGGCCUGGUACCUCAAGGUCUCUCCUUGGGAACAGUUUUCCUACUAUGUCAAAGACUUCUGCAGGAGUCUUUCGGAUUGUGUUUGCAACAAGAAGUGUCUCGUGCCAAUGUGCUGUGUUAUUAUCUUGGCCGUGGUUCUACCAGCUGUGUUGACGAAGAAGAAAAAAGUCGUCAAGUCUUCCCAGUUGCUUGUCCCAGGUUCAGAAUUGGGUCCGGCUUUCGGUCGUCCUGUGAUUGACACGAUCGAGAAAGAAGGUAUCACGUACCUUUCGCCCGUGUUUGCUGAGGAGGAAGUGGCAGAACGGACGACCACAUUCCACAAGAUAUUGGUUGAGCACAGGAUGAACUCAACCGAUGAGUUUGCCAAUGAGGCUCUCAAGUGGAUUGCUCAGUAUGACCCUGCACGUCUCGAGAUUGAAUCGGACGAAGGCGCUAUUCUGCAGAGAUACGCCUUGGCCGUCCUCUUCUUCACCACUCACCCCGGCACAAUGGCGAAUCGAACCACGGAUGAGGCCUUGUCACUUGGGAAGGAUGCUGUCGCAGACACAGACGACGAUGGUGUACAAGUGGAACCGAAAGAAGUUUCGAGCCAGGAACAAGACGAACGGCGAAUCGAUUCUUAUGGCGCCAACUGGAUGAUGGAUCAAGACAUCUGCUCCUGGCAAGGGAUAGUAUGCGAAGAGACGAACACACGGGUGGUCCACUUGAACAUGUCGGGAACCACUCUGCAAGGCACGCUGCCUGCUGAGCUAGCACUGCUGAAAGAAUUGACCAAAGUGGAUAUGUCCCACAACUAUCUGGAAGGCACCAUUCCUGGCAUCUACAUUGAACAUCUCACCAAGUUGCAGUACUUGAUGCUGGAUGACAAUCUCUUGAGCGGAAUCCUGCCCGAGAACUUUCCUCAAUGGACGAGCUUAACCUACAUCAACCUUUCCGAAAACAAGAUCGGAGGCUCGUUGCCCAUCGACCUGGACCAGCUCACGAAUUUGAUGCUCUUGUUCUUGCAAGACAAUCUGAUGUCUGGUCCGAUUCCGAGCAUGGUGGGGAUGAAGGACUUAGAGUAUUUGUAUCUCAACAACAACGCAUUCGAGGGGCAGCUGCCUGAGGAUCUAUUCAAGGACAAGGCGUUGGUGGACAUCCGCUUGGAGUACAACAGCCUCACAGGAACAAUACCUGAAAAGAUGCACAAGCUUCAUCGACUGGAGGUGCUUUCGCUGGGGAACAAUGACAUGAACGGCACGGUGCCAGAUGUCUUCCACCACACAAGGAGCAUGAUAGCUCUCGAUUUACACAAGAACGAGUUUAGCGGGACGCUCCCACGAUCGAUUGGAGAGCUGUCAGAUCUUGAACAUCUCAUUUUGGACCACAACAUCUUUACCGGUCCGGUUCCUUCGCUCCCGACUAAAUUAAGGACGCUGGUGUUGCACCACAACGAGUUUUCCGGCCCUGUUCCCGAACUUGGUGAAAUGACUGAUUUACACGACCUUUGGUUGAACGACAAUAUGUUCAUUGGGACACUGCCGGAGGAGAUCGGAGAGGUCAAGUCACUGGUGAAUGUCUACAUGCAGAACAACGGCCUCACUGGAUCGGUUCCAGAAACUUGGAAGGAACUGGAAAACCUCGGUUCACUACGACUGUACAGGAAUGAUCUCACCGGCCAAAUAUCUCCAGAGCUGUGCGAGCUGAAAGAAACGGCCAGUUUGACCUAUCUUGCUGCUGAUUGCUUGUCCGAAAUCGAAUGUUCUUGCUGCGACAAGUGCCACUGA